UCUACUCUUGAAUAGAGAGUAACGAGCUACCGAGAGCGCGCGGUGAUGUUAAGAAAGCGAUCGAGAGCGCUUUUCCUUUCUGCUGCUGACACUACAGAGAGUGUUGUGUUCAUUUGUAAGUAGCUGUCAGAGACGCGCUUAUUCAGUCACCACUGCUAUUGCCAACAGGACUGACUAGGAUUCACUGCGCUCAGCUGGCUCUGUGUUACCGCUAUGGGCUCAGUGUGAUUGAAGAGACAAAGACUUUGGGAUAUACGUACAUAUAUGUUUGGCAUUUGGUCAGUUUCUCAAAUGCAAACGGAAAUAUGCGGCAAAGCUUCGUCUUUCUCUUAACCGGUUUGCUUGGGUUGUGUUCAUGUUCAAGUUUCCCAAGUAACAUCAACAUAGGAGGUUUGUUUCCAACCGACUCCCAUGAAUAUGACGUGUUCCGUUUCGCGCUCUCUCAACACAAUGAUGUUCCUAAACUGGUACCACAAGUGGACAUGGUGGACACGGGGAGCAGCUUUGCCAUGACAUACGCCUUUUGUUCCCAGUUCUCCAAAGGAGUCUACGCCAUAAUCGGUCUGUAUGACAGGAAGACUAUGAACAUGCUCAUGUCGUUCUGCGGCUCUCUGCACGUGUGCUUCGUCACGCCCAGCUUCCCCAUCGAUACCAACAACCAGUUUGUGAUCCAGCUGAGGCCUGAGCUCCAGGAUGCUCUGAUCGCCCUUGUCGAGCACUACAAGUGGACUAAGUUCGUCUACAUGUACAGCUCGGACUCAGGUCUGACUGUGCUGCAGAAGAUUUUGGACACUGCUUCUGAGAAGACCUGGCAGGUGACAUCCAUAAACUUUGACACCCUGACAGAGGCGGCAUUCUUGAAAACCAUCCAAGAUCUGGAAAAUAAGAAGGAGUACAAGAUCAUUCUGGACUGUGAGCUGGAGAGACUCAAUUCCAUUUUAAACUUGAUUGCAGCGCAAAAAAAGAACAUGAAGAAUUAUCACUACAUUCUAGCAAACCUGGGAUUUCUGGAUCUUAAUCUCACAGAAUUCAGGAAGGGAGGUGCCAAUGUAACAGGCUUCCAACUCAUGAACUACACAAAUCCUACUGUCAGCAGGACAAUACAGGACUGGCUGGAGUUUGACAGUAAAGACUUGAAAAGUCCCAAAAGGAGGCUCAAGUACACUGGAGCACUCACGUAUGACGGGGUGACUGUCAUGGCCACUGCUUUCCAGAACCUGAGAAAGCAGCGCAUCGAUAUAUCUCGCCGAGGGAACGCAGGAGAGUGUCUGGCUAACCCUCCUGCACCCUGGGGCCAGGGCAUCGACAUUCAGAGAGCUUUACAGCAGGUGCAGUUUGAAGGACUUACAGGACAUGUUCAGUUUAAUGACAAAGGACAUCGGACCAAUUUCACUGUCAGUGUGAUGGAAUUUGGCCCAAAUGGACCCAAGAAAGUGGGCUACUGGAACCAACACGAGAAAUAUGUGAACACAGCUACUUACAGCGCAGUACUCAAUGAGACGUUCGGACUGCAAAACCGGACCUACGUAGUCACUACCAUCCUGGAAUCCCCAUAUGUGAUGCUGAAGAAGAAUCAUGAGCAGCUGGUGGGGAAUGACAAAUAUGAGGGUUAUUGCGUGGAGUUGGCUGCAGAGAUCGCCAAGCACGUGGGUUAUUCCUACAGGCUUGAACUCGUGGGGGACGGAAAGUAUGGAGCCAGAGAUGCCGAGACAUUGAUGUGGAAUGGCAUGGUUGGAGAAUUAGUGUAUGGCAAAGCAGACGUAGCUGUCGCCCCUCUUACCAUCACUUUGGUCAGAGAGGAGGUCAUCGAUUUCUCCAAGCCCUUCAUGAGCUUAGGUAUAUCCAUCAUGAUCAAGAAGCCCACCAAGUCCAAGCCAGGCGUCUUCUCCUUCCUGGACCCACUAGCGUAUGAGAUCUGGAUGUGUAUUGUGUUUGCCUACAUUGGCGUGAGUGUGGUGCUAUUCUUGGUGAGUCGAUUCAGUCCUUAUGAGUGGCACGCAGAUGACGAAGAGGAUGGAAUGGAGCAGCAAAACCAGAACCAGAACCAACCAUCAUCACCAGAGGCCAACCAGUCACCAAAUCAGCACGGCCAAAAUCAGAAUCAGCGAGAGGAGAAGCAGGAGAAGCAACCUGAACACAACAAUGAGUUUGGGAUCUUCAACAGCCUGUGGUUUUCCCUGGGAGCCUUUAUGCAGCAAGGAUGUGAUAUCUCUCCAAGGUCUCUCUCUGGUCGGAUAGUUGGAGGUGUAUGGUGGUUCUUCACUCUGAUUAUCAUCUCCUCGUACACAGCCAACUUGGCUGCCUUCCUCACUGUGGAAAGGAUGGUGUCACCCAUUGAGAGUGCCGAGGAUCUAGCUAAGCAAACAGAGAUUGCUUAUGGAACUCUGGAUGGAGGAUCCACCAAAGAGUUCUUCAGGAGAUCAAAGAUCGCAGUAUUUGAGAAGAUGUGGUCCUACAUGAAGUCUGCAGAGCCUUCUGUAUUUGUGAAGACGACAGAUGAUGGUGUCGUGCGGGUGAGGAAGUCCAAAGGGAAGUAUGCUUAUUUGCUGGAAUCCACUAUGAAUGAAUACAUUGAACAGCGCAAACCAUGUGACACCAUGAAGGUGGGAGGAAACCUGGACUCAAAGGGCUAUGGAGUAGCCACACCCAAAGGAUCCGCCCUGAGAAACCCAGUAAACCUGGCAGUGUUAAAACUGAACGAGCAGGGCCUGUUGGACAAAUUGAAAAACAAAUGGUGGUACGACAAGGGAGAGUGUGGCAGCGGAGGAGGUGAUUCCAAGGAUAAGACCAGCGCUCUGAGCCUCAGUAAUGUGGCUGGAGUUUUCUACAUUCUGAUUGGCGGGCUUGGGCUUGCCAUGCUGGUGGCCCUUGUUGAGUUCUGUUACAAAUCCAGAAUCGAGUCUCGAAGGAUGAAGCAAAUCAUUGACGCAGCCAUGCUCAGCUCCACCCUGACCAGGAUGGGCAGCGGAGGUGAGAACGGACGUGUGAUGGCCCAUGACUUCCCCAAAGCGGCACAGACUCUGCCAUGCAUGGGCCAGGCGGCCGCCAUGGGCCUCAGCACCACUGGGAUGUAAAUGGCCAUCAGCCUCUCUGAGAUCAGGGGACAUCAGGAGACCAAGAGUGGGAGAAGAUGUGAGAGACACUGCAGCGUACAGCUCACCUGCCACUAGAGUACUGCCAAACGGAUUCAUGAACACACUUUGGGCUACAAAUGAAUUAUAGGAAAAUUACUUUUCUAAUAAUAAGAUGUGGUUGUUUUUUUGUUUUGUUUUUUUGGGGUGGGGGGGGGACUUCUCCGGUGCAAUAAGGAGACCAUGCGUGAGGUGUUUUUGUAUGAAGCAUCAUUUUUUUGAGAAAAACGAGUUGUCCCUCAAUCUCAUAAAUUACUGACAAUUGAACUGCAAGGUUUCUUUAUUGUCUCGUUUGGCCCAGAUCGCAAUUUUCCAGUUGUGCUCAUUUUAUUAUUUUCCUUUGCCGUAUGAUUUAUCUUUGACACGAUCUCUGUAAGAGGAACAUUUUUACACAACAUUUUUCUUCAACCAGAGUUACACAUCAUUAUUUAUCAAAUAGUUUAGGUGAAGUGUGUAAUUUCUGUGCCACUAGCUUCACCAAGCAGAAUUGCAAAAUUGGUCAGACAAACAGAUCCCACCCCAUUCAGGUGCGUCAUAAUAGUUGCAUAUUAAUCUGGGAAAGGAAAAAGCAUCAUAAAGGUAUGGCUCAUCCAAAAAGAAAAUUCUGUCAUUAUUUACUCACCCUUGUGUCGUUCCAAACCUGUAUGACUUUCUAUUUCUUCUGUAGAACAUCUCUUUUUUUCCAAUGUUGCAGAUGCACCUAUCAUAUUUUUAAGAGCCUGAUUACAAAAACAAAAGUCUCGCCAUUAAAUCCAUGUCCCAAGCACACAAUUGUAAUAUAUGACAGACUUAACCAUAUUAUUUCCAAUCAUAUUUCAAUCAAUUCAAAACCAUAAUGGCAAACAGUGUGCAUCUGAAGUGUCUAAGCUGAAGGAAAUAAUCCGUUAUUUAUCAGCUUUAAUAUAUUGACCAAAUUUUCUGAUCGGGCUUGUUACGCUAGCUUUAAAAAUAAACAUAUAUUGUUUCAUAUAUUUUGUUUCUCCAUUGACUGUCAUUGUAUGGACUCAAUUUGAAACAUUCUUCAAAAUAUCUUCACUUAUGUUCUACAGAAGAAAGAAAGCCAUUCAGGUUUGAAUCAACAUGAGGUGAUAAUUUUCAUUUUUGAGUGAAGUAUCACUUUAAAAUUAUACACUUCACCUUUGAAUAAAAACAAUGAAUGAAAUGAAUGUUUGUUUGAUGUCAUCCCAGGAAAAACUAGGAAGUGUGCUACAUCAGUGUGUCAGCUUCAUUGCACAGUCUACAAAUGUCUUCCUUUCCAACUGGUUUGAUUGGCAAGCCUCUCUAGGGAAGGUGAGUUCUUCCAUAGGUGCGGAGAGGCUGAUUUCCAGUCCUGUCAUUGUUACUGCUGUAGCUCACACCUCACAGUCUCACCCUUUACUUAAGAACACUUUGGAUCAAUCACCGCUGCCCCAUUCAUGCUGCUUGAUAGAGUCUGAGAGUUAAAGACGUCAGAGAGAGAAAAGUGGGUGUAGACUAAGCUUUUUGUACUUUUUGCUUAUUUGUAUGUUAUUGUUAUUGUGCCACUUCCAUUCAGUCUUCCUUUCCAGGUUUACAUGACAUUUUUCUUUUGAAGUAGCUGAUGAUAUGGUCAGUACAUCAUUCAUUCCCUCACUGAACGGCUAAUAAGUUGUGACAGCAUUAACAGAUUCAAGGGCAGCAUGAGCACCCAGCAGACAGUCUCCCUAGAAACCAUAAAUCUUCUGUUUGUAAUAAUAUUGUCAUUGUAAUAACAGUUUAAAUAUUGUCACGUAGACAACGAUUCCAUAAAAAUAAUUUUAUGGAAAUCUGCCUAAUAGCGGACACAGGGACAACAACAUAAAUUGCUCGUGCUGUGAGAUUAAUAGCCUGACUCUAACAGUCCGUUUGAGAGGAACAAAGCACGCUGGCGACGGCUUGUUUGCUACAAUCGUUGCUUUAUGCUCCAAUAAAAUGAACACACUUUUGGAUACAGUGACAUGAGAAAAUGAUAAUCUAUAACCUAUUGCAUCUUAAAGGGAUACUCCACCCAAAAAUGGAAAUUCUGUCUUCAUUUAGUCACCCUCAAGUUGUUGCAAACCUG